AUGGCGUGUUAUGAUGCUAAUGAAAUGACAGAAAAUAAAUCGUCUAAUAGUUUUACUUUCAGUAACGAAUUUAAACUGUAUGUAAGUAAUUUACCCGAAGAAUUAAAUGAGCAUGGAUUAUUACAAAUUUUCAACCAUUAUGGGCAAGUUAAGGGAUAUUUUUAUCGUUCAAAUGCUAAUUGGGCUUAUAUUACUUAUGACACAUAUCUUAAAGCAGAAAAUGCUAGAAAGGAUUUAGACGAUGUACCACCAUUACAUUUAAAGGUAUCAUAUGCAAAAAAGAGAGAUUCAAACAAAGGACAAUCUACAAAAGUAUCUACUUUUAAAGAUGUUACAAAAUGUGAUAAUCAUGAUACAAUAGUUAAUACAUUAACAGAUAAACAAUUAAUACAAACGAGAGGACGAGGCAAUCCUUUGGAUGUAUUUAAGAAGAUGAAACCAAAUCCAGGAUUACCAAGAUAUACAUAUACAGCAGAUAAUGAUUUAUUGUAUCCAUAUCCUUCUGACCCAUAUACUUACAACCCAUAUGAAAAUUUAGAGCCCUAUGCAAGUACAAACGCAUUAUGGACAAGAGGGCAAUUAACUAUUACCCAAGAUGGCAAGAGACAUGUUUCAUUUGGUAGGGGUUAUACAUUCUAUGAAAUUCCAGAUGCCAAUCCUGAAGUUCAUAAUUAUAUUAAUAAUGUGUACGAGAAGCGAACCCUUGGGUUAUAUGAGUAUGGUGAAGACCAGUUGCAAAAUACAGAUGGAAUAUGCAAAACAUGCUUAAAAAGGGCAAAAUAUUCUUGUGAAAGAUGUAACACUCUUUAUUGUAGUAGGGAUUGCCAAGUGACUGAUUGGCCACAACAUAAGGUUGAAUGUAAAGAUAUGCCAGGUUUAGUAACGGUUAUGUGCUCCAUGCCUGAAUCAAAAACAAAUAAAUCAUUUACCAGAAAUGUUCCUGAUAUUCAAAUACCUCUCAGACGACCAAAAAAAUUAAUUCAGGAUAUAAUGAGUUCAAAUGAAGUUUUGGAUUCUCCUACAAAAAAUAAAAAUAUGAAUCAUAUUUUUUCACUUAAAGGCUUAGCCAAAAAAGAAACUUCCAACAAAGAUACUCAAAAUCCAGAAGAAAUAAAUAGCCAAGAAAAUGUUAAAAAUCAUAAAAAAUUUAAUAUCAAUGUAGAACAAAUAGAAAACGAUAUAUCUUUUUCAAACCAAACAUUUUUAUCAGAAACAAAAUUUACAGAUGUAAUGAUAAUUGUAAAAGAAAAUCGUGAAUUUUGGGUUCAAAAGGUAAAAGACCUGGAUGAUAUUGCACAAUUAAUGAAUAAAUUACAACUUGAAGCAGCAAAAGCACAGAAAGUUGAACCAAUAAUUGGAAAUAUUUAUGCUUUACAGUAUGAAAAUGUGUGGCAUAGAGCUAUACCUGUAUGUUUAAAUCCUAUGAAAGUACAUUAUAUAGAUUAUGGUAAUGAUGAUAUUAUUCAAAUAAAUGAUUUUCGUGAAAUUGAUAAAUAUAAAUAUAUUCCAAAAUUUUGUGCUAAAAUUCGAUUAUCACAACAAGCGUAUGAAAAAUAUAAAAAUAUCAAAUAUGAAGAUGUAAUAAGUGUAAAAAUGAUAUCAAUUGAUUCCAAUAAAGUAAUUAAUGUUGAAGUUCAAAAUGAAGAUAAUAUAUCAAUGCCAGAAACAAUUCAGACAAAUGGUAAACCAAUACAGAAUAUUCCAAGCAAUUUAAAAAUUGAUAAUAAAUCUCCAAUUUCUUCAGAAACAUCUAUUAAAGAUGAAGCAGUUAGUUCUUCUGACAAACGUAGUAUAGUAAAUGACAUUUCUAAUGGAGAAAUAGGUGUUUUAGAAAUUCAUGCAGAAAUAAAGAAUAAUACUUAUAGUGUUACAUUACAACCUAAUAGUAAAGUAUCCGAUUAUAAAAUAUUACUAACCACUUUACCUAAAAUAUGUGCUCAAGUAGCAGAAUGUUCAAAUCAUAGACCAGAUGUAGGAGAUUUUGUAUGUGGUCGAGAACUUGAUGGAGGUUGGCACAGGGGAUAUAUUUUAUCUCUGAAACCAUCUUUAAAAAUGGCUGUAAUAGAUACAGCUAGAGUAGCACCAAUUAAUAAAACUGUAACAUGUCCUGAAAUAUUUUGUAACAUUUGUGCAUUUGGUGCAGUAUGUGAAGUAACAUCUUCUAACAUUAAAUUUAAUGAAGGUGAUCAGUAUGAAUUUAAAGUAUUAUCGAGAUCACAUACUAAUGAACAAAAUAAAAUUAUAGAAAUUUCUCAGCAAAAAAAUAAGAUACAUGCUACUGUAAAGCCUUGGAAUCCAAUGCCCGAACAAAAAGGAUUAGAACUGGCAUCAUUGAAAACUGGAUCUGAGGUAUAUAUUACUUCUUAUCAAAAUCACACUCGUUUGUUUGUUCGUUCUUCGGAUACUGCAGAAGUAGAAUAUUAUAAUUAUAUCUUGCAAAAUGUUGCAAAAUGCGCUCAAACAUCUUCAUUUUUAAAAGAACCACCAGUUAUCGGGGAAAUGGUGAUAGCUCAGUACACUGAUAAAAAUUAUUAUCGCGCUAUUGUUACUCAAGUACAAGAUGACAAGAUUACUGUUUCAUACAUUGAUUUUGGUAAUAUAGAAGUUACAGAUAUAAAAAAACUUAAAAUUUUAUCUGAUAAUUUAAAACAGCUUCGUUGUUGUAUAACAAAAGUUAUUCUAAAAGAUGUUCCAAAAGAUGUACCUAUGACAGAGGAAGUAAGCAUUUAUCUUAGUAUGUUAGUAGGAUGUGAUACUCCUUUACUAUGUACAUUUGAUGGUUCACCUUGUGAAGAUGGUGUAUAUCUCAAACUUCAUAAUGGAGAAAGCGUUAAUAAAGUGAUAAGUGAUUUACUUGUUCCAACAUCAAAAGAAAUUGCAGAAAAAAGUAAAACAUGUUACAUGGUGAAUGAUUUAAAUACUGUUGAUUUAGGAAAUGUUGGUGAUACUAUUGACGCGAUUGUACUGCAUGUCAUUGAUAAUGGUCGCACAUAUGCAAUGUGUCCUAUAGAUUAUGAUUUGAUAACUCAUGUUUAUGAUAUAAUGUCAAAACAGAUGACUGAAUAUUGUGAAGCAAAUAAUUACUAUAUUCCACGUGAUAAUGAACUAUGCCUUGCCUUUUAUAAAGAAGGAUGGUAUCGUGCUGUGUGUGUGCAGUAUAACUAUAAGUCUACAAUAAGUGCUGUUUUCUUUGUUGACUAUGGAAACACUGAGUUUGUUGAACAUAAAAAUAUACGACUUAUGCCAAAAGAUUUUAUGUCUCCCCAUGCAGUUGCAAGCAUUUGUAACAUUAUCAAUGUUGCACCUAUUAAUAGCAGUGGACAAUAUUCUCCUGAAAUAGAAAAAAGACUCUCAGAAUUAGUUGUUUCUGAUAUACAUGUUAAAAUAAAAAUUGUUGGAAAUGAUUCUGAAAUGUACAAUGUAGAACUACCAUUAAUUCGAGCCCAACUAAUUGAAGAGGGUUUGAUAUCAACUUGAAAAAAUGCUUAACUUG